AGGGAACGAGCCGCUGUGGCAGCCAUCUUAGAUUCGCCGAGCUCUUCGGCAGCGCAUUCCUGGGAUUUCUGUAUACGAUUUAUUUUAUUUUUUAUUUAUUUUAUUAUUAUUGUUUUUAUUAUUUGCACAUUCCUCCAGAUACAUUGUUAUUUAUUGCAUGACGAGGGGCCAAUUCAGAGGAGAACGCCAAACAAAAAGGAUGCAUUUACUGAAAUAUAUAGAGUGGGUUUGUCUGUGGAGUCUAUUCUGCGGGAUUCAAGCAGCUAAAGUUAACAAACACAAGCCAUGGAUUGAAACAACAUAUCAUGGAAUAAUUACAGAAAAUGAUAACAAGGUGCUUCUUGAUCCGCCUUUAAUUGCAUUGGAUAAGGAUGCUCCUCUUCAGCAUGCGGAGAGUUUUGAGGUGACUUUUACCAAAGAAGGUGAAAUCUGUGGAUUUAGGAUUCAUGGGCAAAAUGUUCCAUUUGAAGCCAUGGUGCUGGACAAAACAACCGGCGAGGGAGUCAUUCGCUCCAAGGAAAAGCUUGACUGUGAGCUCCAAAAGGAGCACACGUUCACAAUCCAGGCAUAUGAUUGUGGAGAGGGUCCAGACGGUGCCAACAUGAAGAAAUCCCACAAAGCAACUGUCCAUAUUCAAGUGAAUGAUGUGAAUGAAUACUCUCCUGUAUUCAAAGAAAAGUCAUACAAAGCAACUGUGAUAGAGGGGAAAAAAUAUGACAACAUCCUUAAAGUGGAAGCUGUUGAUGCAGACUGCUCCUUCCAGUUCAGCCAGAUUUGCAGCUAUGAAAUUGUAACUCCAGAUGUGCCUUUCACCAUUGAUAAAGAUGGAUAUAUUAGAAACACAGAGAAACUUAACUACAGCAAAGAACGGCAGUAUAAGCUAACAGUUACAGCAUAUGAUUGUGGAAAGAAGCGUGCUGUGGAUGAUGUUCUUGUUAAAAUAAAUAUAAAACCUACAUGUAAACCUGGCUGGCAAGGGUGGAAUAAAAGAAUGGAAUAUGAGCCUGGAACAGGAAGUUUGGCUUUGUUCCCUGGCAUGCAUUUAGAAACCUGCGAAGAGCCAAUUACUUCAAUUGAGGCAAAUAUUGAACUAGAAACCAAUCAUAUCGGCAAGGGCUGUGACAGAGAUACAUACUCUGAAAAGUCUCUUCAUAGAUUAUGUGGUGUAUCUUCAGGGACAGUGGAAUUACUUCCAGCUCCCAGCAGCACAGUUAACUGGACUGCAGGCCUUCCUACUGACAACGGUCAUGAUAGUGACCAGGUGUUUGAAUUCAAUGGUACACAAGCUAUCAAGAUUCCUGAAGGUGUUGUUACAACCAACAUGAAGGAACCUUUCACAAUCUCUGUGUGGAUGAGACAUGGUCCUGGUGCCAGAGAGAAAGAGCACAUCCUGUGUAACUCUGAUAAGACAGAUAUGAAUCGCCAUCAUUAUGCAGUCUAUGUACAUAACUGCAGAUUUGUAUUUCUGUUCCGUCAAGAUCCUUCAGUCAGUGAGAUCUACAAACCUGCUGAAUUCCAUUGGAAACUUGAUCAGGCAUGUGACAAAGAGUGGCAUCACUAUGUCCUUAGCAUUGAUUUUCCCACUGUGGCACUCUAUGUAGAUGGAGUGUCAUAUGAUCCAUUCCAGGUGACUGAAGAUUAUCCACUGCAUCCUUCUAAGAUUGAAACACAGCUAGUGGUUGGUGCAUGCUGGCAAGACAAUGCAGAACAUGAGAAUGAAAAUGACACCAAUCCUGAGAUGUUCGCAGGUGGAAACCUGCGUAUGGCUCAGUUCUUUCAUGGUAACUUAGCAGGUUUAAUGAUUCGAUCGGGUAAACUGGAGAACAAGAAAGUAAUUGAUUGCCUGUAUACCUGCAAAGAGGGGCUGGAUAUUCAGCUUCCUGAAGAGCUUGGCAGCAGCAUUAAGGUUCACUUUAAUCCAAACCAGUCCCUGUUGGUAAUGGAGGGAGAUGACAUUGAGAGCUUUGAUAAAGCAAUGCAACAUGUGUCUUAUUUGAAUUCACGUCAGUUUCCAACCCCUGGAAUCAGAAGGCUUAAAGUCACAACAGCUGUCAAGUGUUUUAAUGAGGAGACCUGCAUCUCUGUCCCAAAUGUAGAAGGCUACAUCAUGGUUUUGCAGCCAGAGGAACCCAAGAUUAGCCUAAGUGGCAUUGAUCACUUUGCAAGGGCAGCUUCAGAAUUUGAGAGUAAAGAGGGUGUAAAGCUGUUUCCAGAGCUCAGGAUUGUUAGCACAAUCUCUCGUGAGGUGGAGCCAGAAGGGGAAGGAGAAGAUGAUCCAACAGUCCAAGAGUCCAUUGUCUCUGAAGAGAUUUUGCAUAAUCUUGACAUGUGUGAGGUGACAGUUUUGGGGGAUGAGCUGAAUACUGAACAGGAGAGCCUGGACAUUGACCUUUCUUUGAUUCAUCAAAAAGGAAUGGAGAUGAGCACAUCAAACCUUGGAAUGAUUAUUACUGGGGUGGAUACUAUGGCAAAUUAUGAGCAGGUUCUCCACCAGGUCCGCUAUCGACACUGGCAUGCAGAAUCCCUCUUUGAUAGGAAGUUCAAGAUGGUCUGUUCUGAACUUAAUGGCCGCUACAUCAGUAAUGAGUUCAAGGUUGAGGUAAAUGUUAUUCACACAGCUAAUCCAGUCGACCAUGCUAACAAUGUGAUGGCACAGCCACAGUUUGUCAAUCGAAUGCACCAUGCGGAUUUGCCUGGGCAUAAUUUAGCAAAACCUCAUCCAGCGUUGGUUGUUCCAAGUGCUGCCACGAUUGUAAUUGUGGUUUGUGUCAGCUUCCUGGUGUUUAUGAUUAUUUUGGGAGUUUUCCGGAUCCGUGCUGCACAUCAGAGGAGUAUGAGGGACCACGAGAAUGGCAAAGAAAAUGAAAUGGACUGGGAUGACUCUGCUUUAACCAUCACAGUCAACCCCAUGGAGACCUACGAAGACCAACACAGCAGCGAAGAUGAGGAAGAAGAAGCAGAGGAAAGUGAAGACGGAGAAGAAGAUGACAUUACCAGUGCCGAGUCUGAAAGUAGUGAGGAGGAGGAUGGUGAGCAGGAGGAAGGACAGAACGUUAUCAGGCAGCAGCAGCAGCAGUUGGAAUGGGACGACUCGACUCUGAAUUACUGAGUCCACACACGGCCGGCCAGAGGUGUGUGUGUGUGUGUGUGUGCUCUGCUUUUAAAGACUCCACUGUAUCCACUCCAUAGCUCCUAAGGACUCAUGGUGUAAAACCAAAAAAAACAAACCAGAAAACUGAGUACAGAGUUGUUCCUUGUGGUGGCCGGUGUUGCUGCUGUAGUUUGUUAUCCAGUGUCCGAAUUAUUAUAAUUUUUAUUUUAUUUAGAAACGAUUCCAAUAGGCCCCGGCUGACUUCCGUUUUUUCUUUUUACACCAUGAUAAGGGGACGCCUUGCACUUUUUUUCCUUCAAGUCAUCUCAGCUGUUGAGACUUUAAAAGAAAAAACAAAUCGGUAGACGUUGCUCAUGAAUUUUCAAAGAUCCUUUUUGCUAAAAACAAGCAAGCAAGCAAACAAAAGCAACUGUGUCCUUGUGAACAGGGAGGGGAGACUCCGUGACCGAGAGUGGCAAAUUGGGACGGAUUUGAACGGGAAUUUUUCUUUCUCAUUUUUAUUGCAUGAGAAGCGGCGAAAAGGUUAUGUAGAGGAGUAAAUUACUUUAAUAUUUUGUAAAUAUAAUGAAAUCCUGUAAUUAGUCAUUGUGAUAGUGAAGAUGAGGGAUUAGACAUUUGGGGUCCAAUAUAUAAAUGGGGAUUUUUAUUUUUUCCUUCACAUAAGCAGUGUGUACCGUAGUAUGUCGUCACCAUGACUAUAGCAUGCUCCAAAAUUUGCAAAUAAAAUAAGUACUACUAUUAUGCUUGUUAAAAAAAAAAAAAACCUGCAUCAGGAAAAAGAAACCCAUGACAGCCACAGAGGUUUCUUGCAGACGUUGUCGUAGGUUUUGGAAACAAGUGGCUCUACUUGUUCAGGGUCUAGUAAAUAAACAAAAAA